AUGCCAACCGAACCUGAUCAGAUUGCCGACGCGGUCCUGCGGCAGUUCCAGAAACUGCCUGCGAAACGCAGGCCCCAGGUCAGAGACAAUGGGCUACAUGAAUGGGUUCCCCUGAGCGGCAUCGUCGCCGAGAAAGAUGGUAUCUUGACGUGUCUCUCACUCGCAACGGGCAUGAAAUGUCUCCCGGCCAGCAAACUCCCCCUGGCAAAGGGAAACGCCCUCCACGACUGGCACGCCGAGGUCCUCGCCAUCCGCGCCUUCAACCGCUACCUCCUAGACGAAUGCGAUAGCCAUUCGCAGGGCGGCACUACCAUCACCUCCUCCUCAGACAUCAUCACGAGGCGCGAUCCCUCCGAGGUGUCCACCGCCUCGCCCCAACCCUUCGCCAUCAGGGACGGCGUCACGCUACACAUGUACUGCUCCGAAGCCCCCUGCGGCGACGCCAGCAUGGAACUCACCAUGGCGGCGCAAGAAGACGCCUCGCCCUGGGAACUACGCCCAUCCUCCUCGUCCCCUUCUAGCACCAAUUCUCCAGCUCCCAGGACGACAGACGUCGAAACUCUCCCCGGACGCGCCUACUUCUCCCAACUAGGUAUCGUCCGCCGCAAACCAGCUCGCGGCGAUGCGCCCCCCACAAUGUCGAAAUCGUGCUCCGACAAGCUCGCCCUGAAACAGUGCACCUCCCUCCUUGCCUCGCUGAUCUCGCUGCUGAUCCACCCGGGCAACGCCUACAUCUCGUCCCUCAUCCUGCCGGCGUCGGAGUACUCCGCCGCGGGCUGCGAGCGAGCCUUUUCAGAAAGGGGACGGAUGAGGGCGCUGUUAGACGUCCCCGCUGACGCGACGGCGCCUGGGAUGCCGCGGUGGAGCGGCGGGUACCGGUUCUCGCCGUUCGAGGUGCGCACUACGACGAGGGAAUUCGAGUUCUCCAAGAAGAGCGUACGGGGGAGAAUAGGAGCCGAGAAGAUCGCGGCGAGUAACCUGGCGGCGGCGUGGACUCGUGAUGGCGGGGUAGACGAGGGCACGAUGGGGGGCGUGCUCCAGGGGCGCAGGGCGUUCGACGUCCGGGGGGCGAGCCUGGUGUCGAGGCGGAGGAUGUGGGAGCUGACGGCGGCGAUUGCUGAGCGGUUAGAGGGCGAGGAUGUUGAGGUCGGGCAUCUGCUGCGUCAGGCUUUGGAUGUUGAUACGUAUGGCUUGGUGAAGGGCGGGGAGAUGCUGGCGGAUCGGCGUGAGGUCAAGAAGGCUAUUAGGAGAGUGGCAUUGGCGGGGUGGGUUGUGAAUGUUGGGGACGAGGACUUUGCGAGGUUGUAG